AUGCCGCCGAAACCGUCUCUGGUACGACCAGGCCGCGGUCCCCUGCGCGCCGUGGCAUUGACCCGCCAUGCCGCGGCCAAGAGGCAGCAAGUCUGCGCGAUUUGCUCCAUGUCCGGCGCCGGACCGCCCCGAAGGGCGACGACGAGAAACAGCGCGCCGAUGCGACCGAGCCUGCCCGACCGACGACAUACCCUGUCCACGGCACCCGCAGCCAACGUGCGCGCGGAGCUCGAGCAGGCGCUCCUGCAGCUGCAGAGCCAGGCGCCGCGGCUCCUGAACCUCGCUCGGCUGCAGCUCGCCCUGCAGGGCCUGCGCCAGGCACCCGGCGAGGAGACCGUCCGGGUCGCCCUCCUGGGGUUGGCUGGCGGAUCCGGCGCCGGGCAGACGGCCAAGCGUCUGCUGCGAGCGAUUCUGAGCGAUCCGCUCCAGGACCAUCACGCGUGGGAGACGCAACUCGACAGCUACGACUUGAGCAAACCCCUCGUCGUCAAAGUUAGCGCUGGUCCACACCUAGACGAAACCAGCAUCGACGUGGCCAGAGAGAACCCGAUUCAACGACUUCACAUUUCAUCGCCAGACUAUGAUGCGCUGGGCCUCGAGUUCUUGCUGGUGGAUGUGGACCCUUCCGCCCUCGCCGCCGGCCAAGCAUCGAUUCAGCAUCUAGAAAACGCCGCGCUGGUGCCAUCAGUGGCCACCCGCUCCGCAGACGGCCGUGUUUCGCAGACGCCAGCCCCCGUUCACCACGCCCUGAUUGUGGCAGACGGCCUCAUGGGUGCAGUCGGCCUGGCAUCCCUGCCGGUGUCUGAAAGCGGCGGGGCCAUUACCGCCGCCGUGGACAUGAAGGGUCUUGCCGGCGAGGAGCUGCACGCGCCUUUCCACGUCAUCGACGUGGCGAAAGCCGAGGAAGGUGUCCGCCUCUUCCGCGACGGGCCGCAGAACGCGAUGCAGUACGAGCGCCUCUGGUUCGCCAGCAAGGUGCCAGCGCUGACGGCCUGGCUCAAAGCCGGGCUCCGGACCGAGGAUGCGGCCACGAAACCAGCCGUCAAGCAGCUUCUCGCCUCGCUCCUCCAAAACGCCCAGUCCGCCAUCCGGACCGAAGAGUCCGCCAUUGUCGCCAAGACGCUCGCCUCGACGACCCCGCUGGACGACGCCGCCGGCCUGCACGCGGGCCUCGCCGUGUGGGCGCGGCAAGCCCACGGCGAGCUCCGGGACGAGCUCGACCUCGCCUUUACCGGACGGCGCUGGCGCAAGCUCGGCUGGUGGAAGCUCUUUUGGCGCGUCGACGACGUCGGCAUGCUCACCAGCGACAUUCUCAGCCAGCGGUUCCUGCCCACAGCCGAGCGCGAGCUCGUGUACCAGGCCGGCCGCAUCGCCGCGCUUCGCGGCUCCGCGCCGCAGUACCCGCAGCCCGUCUCGGAGCUGCCAGACUCGCCCGCGGUCGCCCGGCCCGCGGCCGCAGCCCUGCCCAAGUGGCCCGGCCACAUCGCCUUUACCCGGCGCUACCUGCAGGACGAGACCGUGCCCGCGCUGCAGGCGCUGGCCCAGCGGCUGCUGGUGCAGUCGCUCGGCACCUCGUCCGUCGCCGCGACGCUGGCGGGCCUGCUGUACGCGUCGUCGUUUGCGGCCGGCGUCUACGAAGCCGGCGCAGUGGCCGCGCUCGGCGUCGUCUACAGCCUCGGCCGCAUGCAGAAGAAGUGGGAGUCGGCGCGCCGGUUCUGGGAGGGUGAUGUGCGCGAGGAGGGCCGCAAGGCGGUCCGGGCCGUCGAGGAGAGCGUCUCCCAGGCGCUGAUGGCGCAGGAAUCCGUGUCCCCGGCGCAGGUGGAAGAGCUGCAACAGGCAAAGGAGCUUGUCUCUAGGGCGGAGGACCUGCUAUCUCGCCUAAAGUGA